AUGAGCAACACCGUCGAUCUCCUUAGUAGUUUAAAGAUAUGUAUGUGGAUUGAAUUUACGUUACCAGCCAUUCAUGAAUGGAACGAAGGUAUCGAGGAGGGCAAUGCAGAUGGCGAUCAUCAGCAAGAGGACGAGUCCGAUGAUCACAGCGUAUCAGAGCAACUGGAUAAAAUUAAACCGACUGAAGCAGUUGAUAUCUUCAACAAGGCGUUAAUAUGGGCUGGCCAUGAAGACGUCGAUCAAAAUGAUAUGAGCGUGCUAAGACGGUUAAGGGAGAAAGCUGGGAUUCAAGCGCAUUUGAACAUUGUGCUAUCGGAGAAACGAAAUCUCUAUGAGUCGAUGUUGAUGGCAGUGGAUCGUUUGUAUGAACUAUAG